UGAUUACCGCCGAUUUUCUGAGCGAGGCCAACAUGCCUGCCGGGGCAACACGCCGAAUGGACCAGCUGCAAGCGCGGAAUGAACAGGUCCAAACGGGCCGGAAAUCCGCCAAUCCCACGCCCGCGCCUGCAUAUGAGCUGUCAUUUCUACACGCUCUCGAGCCGGCUCUGGUGGACCUAGCCAAGUAUCGGAUGAGACUGGCGGUCAACGCAGGCAAUGCCGAUACGGAGGGUCUGUACGAGGCUGUCGUGCAGUUGGUGAAAUCGAAAGGACUGGACCUCAAGGUCGCUUGGGUAUCUGGAGAUCAGGUCCUGUCGACCGUCAAGGAUGCGCUGUUGUCGGGCAAGUCCGACCUCCAGAACAUCUAUACCGGCCAGUCGCUGUCGGACUGGCCGUUCGAGCCGAUCUCCGCGCAGUGCUACCUUGGCGGACUAGGGAUUGCCGCCGCUCUUGCGAACGGCGCGGACAUCGUCCUCUGCGGACGAGUCGCGGACGCAUCGGCCGUGAUUGGGGCCGCAUACUGGUUCCACAGCUGGAAGCGCAGCGACCUGGACCGACUCGCCAAUGCUUUCGUCGCCGGCCACCUGAUCGAAUGCAGCAACUACGUCUGCGGCGGCAACUUCACCGGCUUCAAGAUGCUCGAAUCCCUCAACGGCCGGGACGGAUGGACCAAUAUCGGAUAUCCGAUUGCGGAGAUCUCCUCGGAGGGGCAAGUGAUCAUCACGAUGCAAAACUCCGCCGUGGGUGGCGCCGUCACGGUCGACACCUGCACGGCGCAACUGCUGUACGAGAUCCAAGGCCCGCGCUACCUCAACUCGGACGUCACCGCACUGCUCAGCGAUAUCUCGUUCGAGCAGCUCGGGACGAACCGCGUGGCGCUGCACGGGGUGGGAUCCGCACCCCCGCCCGCGACGACCAAAGUCGGUAUCAGCGCGCGGGGGGGGUUCCAAGCCGAGGCGAGUUACUUCCUGGUGGGACUCGACAUCCCCGCCAAGGCGCGCAUGCUGGAGGCGCAGAUCCGCCACCUCCUCGCCCCCUAUGCCGCCGGUUUUACGCAACUGACCUUCUCCACGCUAGGGUCCGCGCCCGACGACCCGCGCACCCAGGACAGCGCCACCGUGACCUUCCGCGUCGUCGCGCAGGCCCGCACCGCCGACGCCCUCGCGCCCUCCCGGUUUCUGCGGCCCAUCACCGACAACAUCAUGCAGGGCUACCCGGGGGCGACCUGGCACAUUGACACCCGCCAGGGCUUCCCGCGGCCCAUCUUCGAGUACUUCGUCUGUCUUCUGCCGCAGACGGACAUCCAGCACCGCGUGCAUCUUCCCUGGCAGAGAACGGCCGAGGGUGACCAACCCCCCGGAGUCAUAGACAUUCCCCCGCCCCCUUCGUCUCCCCUGCAAUCCCAAAUACCAUCCCCACCUCCCAUCCCUCCCGCACCCGCAUCACCAAACCUUCUCUCCAGCAAACCCUUCGGCCCAACCACCCCGGCCCCACUAGGCUGGAUCGUCUACGCCCGCUCCGGCGACAAAGGCCCCGACGCCAACUGCGGCUUCUGGGUGCGCCAUGCGGACGAAUUCCCCUGGUUGCGGUGCGUGCUGACGGAGACGACCAUCCGGGAGCUCUUGGGGCCGCAAUACACAUCCAAUCCCGAUCUGAAAGUGGAGCGGUUCGAGCUGCCCCAUCUCCGGGCGGUGCACUUCUUGUUUCGGAAUCUGUUGGACCGCGGGGUGUGCGCGACGGUGACGGUGGAUUUUCUGGGGAAGAACGUCGCCGAGUUUUUGCGGGCAAGGGUUGUGGAUGUGCCGGUGCGGUUCUUGGAGCAGGGGAGGUUGUAGUCUCUUUCUUUUUUCUUUGGGUAGGUAGCAUUUCUUGGGGGGGUGGGGUUGAGGAUGACGCUACCUAGCUGGGAUUGGGGCUAGCGGAC